AUGAAACUCUGUGAAGACAUAGAUACAGACACCUGGAGCAAGGGAUAUAAAAUUGUAAUAGGAAAGCUCGGGUUGCGAUCUCCACUGACAUUAUCUGACGCACAGCAGAUGCUGGCAAGGGAAUUAUUCCCUGAGGGCAGAGUUAAAGCAUUGAGUAAUCUGGACAUAAACGAAGCGGAUCUACCUAACUGUACGAGACAAGAAAUAAUGGAUGCAGGACAAAGGAUAAAGACAGGCAAAGCAGCGGGCUUUGAAGGGAUUCCACCCGAAAUAAUAAAGGUAAUUUGCGACUUGAAACCGAGGUUAUUGGAGGCAAUUGCAAAUAACAAGAAAAAACAAAAGUUUUCCCAGUGA